GCGAAAGCGGAACCAUAAAGCACCUGUUCCCAAAGGUGUGUGGUGGCUCUGAGCGUCCGUCCUAAUGGUGCCGACACCCACCCUCCGUUUCCAUGAAUAUUUAAAAGCAAAAUGGGGGUGGACUUGUCCACCUACCGAGCUCGGAUCGGCUGUUUCCAGAACCCGACUGCCAGGUGUGCACGAUGUCGGUCCCAGGCAUCAGCACUGCUGCUGGGGGUCAUCCUGGCAAAGCUUUGGAACAAAGUGAUGGGACGUGGGCCAGGGAAACUUGUCAGAUGCUGCUAUGUAAUGAUGUCAUGUCUGCUGGCCUGGUUCCUGGCAUGUAAACUUCUGCUGCAGGCAGGAGACAUUGAGCAAAACCCUGGCCCUACAUUAAGAGAAACAGACCCUGACACACAUGAGGUAGAGGAGCAAAGUUUGACACCCAGACAAAAUGAUGAUGAUCUCCUUGAGCUAGACCUAUCUGGGAGGAAUAUGUCACAUGUGCCAAACAAGGCAUUCCAGCAAAAUGACCUACAGGUCCUCAAUCUCCAACGUAACAGUAUCAAAGUCAUACCUACAGACAUAGGUAUGUUGUUUCAGCUUAGACAUUUGGACAUCAGUUGCAACAAACUUUCCCACCUACCUGACUCUAUCUCAUCUUUAUCAAAUCUCGAAGAACUGAACAUAUCGGAGAACAAAAUACACGAGUUUCCAAAAGGAAUGGAAAACAUGCAGGCACUGAAAGUGUUAAUCUAUCGAAACAAUGCCCUUGUCACCAUACCUGAGCAGGUCUUUUCCUUCCCAGGUAUUGAGGAGCUUGAUGUUUCAGAUAACGAGCUGUCAGAAGUGUCACCAUUGAUAGGGAAUCUGUUGUCACUAAAGGUGCUCAAUCUUAGGUGGAACCAGUCUCUCCAAAUCCUACCUCAGGAACUUUGCCAGUUGUCUAAUCUAGAGGAGAUAAACUUGUCAGUUUGUGACCUUGGUUGUUUGCCAGAUGAUAUUGGUAAACUCAGGAAGCUGAAAACUAUCAAAUUAAGUUGUAAUAGAAUUUCAUCACUGCCAGCAUCAGUUUUUCAGAGUCUUGUCAACCUAGAGGAAUUGGAUCUUUGUGAAAAUUCAAUUACAGAAAUUCCAGAAAGCAUUUCAACCCUGAAGAAGUUAACAUCUCUUAAAGUAGCUGGCAACCAACUUACAAAGCUCCCCACAUCUAUUGUAGAGCUUACAGAACUACAAUCAUUAGAUAUAUCGUAUAAUUCCAUUCUUGGCUUGCCUGCUGUCUGA